CGCUUCUUCCUCGAGAGCUUCUCGGUGCUGGGGACGCCGCUCACCUGGCUCUGCAUCUGCUCCGCGUCCGUCGGCGCCUUCAGCGUCGUGCUGUGCGCGGCGCUCCGGCCGAGCCCGCCUCACCGGAGGAGCUCCCUCGCCCACAAGAUAUCCAGAUUUCUAAAAUGCUGUAUGUACUUUUGCAUAUCUUGCAUACUGUUUCAUGUGAUUGUUGUUCUUUAUGGAGCACCUCUCAUAGAGUCAGUGACUGAGACAUUUUUGUUUGCAGUUCUCCUAUCUACCUUUACUACUUUACAAUGCUUGUGUAUGCUGGGACCAAACAUUCAAGCGUGGAUACGGGUAUUUAGUAAAAAUGGAGCCAUGUCCAUCUGGGAUAACAAUCUUCAGAUUACGACAGUGUGCAGCGUUCUAGGGGCCUGGUUUGGAGCAUUUCCUAUUCCUCUCGAUUGGGAUCGACCUUGGCAGGUCUGGCCCAUUUCCUGUUCCCUCGGAGCUACCUUUGGCUAUCUGGCUGGUCUGAUUAUUGCACCUUUGUGGAUACAUUGGAACCGGAAGCAGCUUACAUAUAAAAGCAGAUAACUGGAGCAGAGAGAGACAAGGUAUUUCUUUGUGCAGAUUCAUACAGACUGUGCAAAAGUUUUAUAGAGAUAUAUUUAUAUAUAUAUAUGUAUAAUCAAAGCAAAAGGCUAUCCAAAUUCAUUUUGAAUAUUUUGGGCCAAGCAUCUCCACUCAAUAGCAUCACAUGGAUGCUGUUUCAACAUGGUGCAGUUGCUUUCUCUAGACAAUGUAACCCUGAGAGAGUACACCUUCCAGUCUGAAUAAAAUAUUUGCAACAGA